AACAAAAACAUAUCAAAUCCUUUAGCGGAUGGUAAGCUUUGCUAAUAGUAAAACAUAAACAAUUCUAAACUGAAACCGAAGAGUGUGACACGUGAGCAUAUGUUCGCUGACACGUGCAAACUCGCUAUUCAGCCGCCCAUCACGUGUCCCUCUUUCAACCCUCUUGACCGCUCCCGCUAUUAAGGUAGUUCUUUCUAAAUACACGAAGCAUUUUUCCCUCGAAAUCUAAUGGAGCAAAAGAAGAACAAAAGCGAUGAAUCAAGGCCGCCAUUGAUGGCGUUAAACCAUGUAUCAAGACUUUGCAGAGACGUCAAAAAGUCUCUCGAGUUCUAUACCAAAGUGUUAGGGUUCGUGGAGACAGAGCGACCCGCGUCCCUAGACUUCGACGGUGCGUGGCUAUUCAACUACGGUGUUGGGAUCCAUUUGGUGCAGGCUAAAGACGAAGAGAAGCUACCUUCCAACACGGACCAUUUGGACCCGAUGGAUAAUCACAUAUCGUUCCAGUGCGAAGACAUGGAAGCUUUGGAGAAGAGGCUCAAGGAAGUGGAUGUGAAGUACAUCAAGAGGACGGUCGGUGAGCAGGAAGACGCAGCUAUCGACCAGCUCUUCUUUAAUGACCCCGAUGGUUUCAUGGUCGAGAUCUGUAACUGCGAGAAUCUGGAGCUUAAACCGCGCGAUUCAGCUGAUGCUAUACGUCUCCCGGGUGAUCGACACGCGCCUCCUGUUUCUCUCCCUGGCUCGUCCGACCAUGCAGAUGAUACUAGGCUCCCUCAGACCAAUUCUUAAUACUACUUGGGACUUCUUUUUUUGUACUUGUUCCUGUUUUUGUCCUAAGUUACUGCUUUCUUAGUUAAUGUCGUGACGGUUAGAAACCCUGUUUGAGUU